AUGUAGAAAAUACUAACUUGCGAAAUCAAUUAAAACUAAAAUCAUCUUUAAGUAGAUUAUGUUAUUAAAACUAUACGUGUGCAAACAACAGGAUAAAUUCCUCCUCCUAGAAGCAAUCACAUAUCUUGCUUAAUAGAAAGAUAAGACAGCAUAUUUGUGCAUGGCGGAAGCGAUAGUAAAAUAGAUCAUAGCGAUUCGUUCAUCUUGAACAUGACUGAAAAGAAAUGGCAAAAUGUAGGAAUAGUUCUAAAAAACCAAGAUUUAAUUAAAUUUACAGGACAUAAAUGCUUGCAUUUUCCUUUUGAGCAUUGUUCACCGAACAUAAUGAUGUUUGGAGGAUGGGAUGGAGAGCGCUAUACUAACUAAAUAACAGUAAUGAAUAUCUAAAAUAAGUAAGUAAGAUAGAGUGUUUAUAUAGAACAAGAAAAAAAAUCAGAAUAAAUAGCUACCAAAAAUACAAAAUCCACUUUAGACGGAACUCUAUUUAUGAAAGAUGAGUCUCCAAUUAAAAACCAGCUUCAAAACUUAAUAUCAAACGACAUCAACAACAUUAGUCAAGAUAGCGGUACUGUAAACCCAUAAAAAGUGCUAGCAAAUCAUAAUAUCCUUUAAACUAAGAAGUCUCCAUUGUAAAAAGUAUUUCCUCCAGGAGUUAGAGACCAUACUUUAGUCUACGAUUUCGUAAAAAAUGUUGUAUUUUUAUUUGGAGGUUGGGAUCCUUUUAAAUUUGAAUUUGGUUGCAACGAGUUCAAUUAUUUAUGGAUGCUUGAUUCAAAAUGGAAUUGGUAUAAUGUGAAGACAACUGGAGAAAUUCCUUAAGGAAGAAGAGGACACACAUGUGUUUUUAUCUAAUAACCCUAUGGAUUAAUGGUAUUUGGAGGCAUUCAUGGCUAUAAUAAACUCAAUAAUGACUGUUAUUUUUUAGAUCUUAAAGUAUUUAAUUGGAGAAAAAUAAAUUAGAAACAAGACCUCUUUUAUCCGAGUCCAAGAGCAUAUCACACAGCAAUAAGGAUUCAUGAUAAAAUAAUGUAUUAUGGAGGUUUACUCAAGGGAAAUAAAAUAUCAAAUCAAAUCCUUAUUCACGAUUACAUUCUAAAUGAUUGGAGUGAAGUAGAAAAUUAAAAUAGUUGCAUUCCUCCUUUAAUGAUGCACAGCGCAGUUAAUAAUGAACACAAUGAAAUUUAUAUAUUUGGUGGUAAAACUGUUGAUAAUGACAAUCCUAGCAAACACAAAACAAUGAACUUAGAGAAUAUUUAUAUUUUGAAAUUAGAAUAUAUAGAUAUAUCUUAAAUGGUUAUGAGUCCAAGUCCUAAAAGGUAAUAAAAAGAAGAGUAAUUGCAUUGGAAUAUCAUGGCAUUUCCUGCGUUAGAGUAAUAUAAAGAAGACAAAUAGGAUAGUUAGAGCAAAUAAGAUGAUAAUAGUAAUUCUCAAAGCUUAAUAUCUUAAAUUUAAUAAUAAAACUCAAUCAGAGAAGAUAAGUUCUCGUUCGACUCUGAAGUGGAAUACUAUGAUGACUCAGUAGUCCCUUCAGAAAAAUAUUUUUCUAAGAACUACAAAAAGAAAAUGCAGUAUCAACUUAGUUAGGUGAUAGAAGAAACAUCUAAAUUACCAAAAGAAUUAAGAGGAAACGAAGAAUAAAACGAAGAACAGAACCAAUCAAUCAACAACGAAGAAAGUGAUGAUGAAGAUUAAUAUAAUAAAGGUCGUUCUUCACUAUAAAAUUAAGAUCCGUUUGAAGAUUUCCCUGAAUGUGAAACAGAAGAAGUUGGAAAAUAGAUAUCUCAGAUUGAUUAAAAUUGA